AUGUCAACAAAUAUCUGCGCGGGGUGUCUGACUGCCUUGGAAGGCGAAGACAAUAUACAAUGCUUUACCUGCUUCAAAUUAUAUGAUCUCAUAUGUGCUAACAUAAAUAAAAGUAGACUGAUGACUACUGAAUAUCGAGAUAAUUGGAAAUGCCCUGAAUGCAUGCUUAAGCAACCGAAAAUUGACAAUUCUAAUACACCAGUCCGAUCGACUCAAUCUAGUUUUGUGUCGCCCAUUAUUAAUAGUAUAAACAUAUCAAAAAAAAUUCAAGAUACGAACAUAAAUUGCGUCGCCUGUCGUAGCUUAAUAGUUGACGGGGAAGAAUGUCUCAGCUGUUCAUUGGACAAAUGUCAACUAAAAUAUCACAUCCAAUGCUCAGGCAAAACCGUCGUAGCUAAGGAUGAGUUAACCACCUGGAUCUGCCCGGAAUGUGUCUGCCAUGUUGAAGGGAAAGCCAAUGAUGACAAUAUUUCUUUAACCCAAGAUAGCGAUAUGAAUAUUACGUUCAGGAAAAAAAUUCAGGUUAUUCAAAACGUUCAAAACCAAGUAGAAUUUCAAGAACUAACAUUCGAAAUGAGCAAAUUACGGCUUGAAAUGGAAAUACUGAAAGAGCAACUUAGUAAAGCUGUAGCUAUUAUUACUAACCACGAAAGUAAGCUAACCGGGUAUUCUUCUCAAAUUGACCUCCUUAAUACCCAAUUAAAACAUUACAGUCCGUCAUCAGUUAAUGUUGGCCAGCAAAAACCAGUCUGCGUUCGUGAUAGCCACUCAAUUGUCGUCGUACCCACUCAACAGCAACAUCAACUCAACCCUGCACCCCCGCCAUUAGAGACUCCUACAGCAGUAGGGGCUGCACAAAGAUCCAAGAAGAAAAAACCCAAAUCGAAGAAGGCUAACCCAAAAACACUCAAUUCCACUUCAAAUUACCCUAACCGACCGGUUGAAACUAAAGCCAAUGACCACCUUUCUACGGUCAAUAUCCAUAAUUCACCUGCCGCUGACGACCGCGCCUUCACCUCUACUGAUGAUCCCGCUGCUGCUUAUAACCACAUUGCUACCGAUACCGAUAGACGCACCGGCACUAUCUCUGACCAAAACUGGACAGAAGUUAGGAAAAAUAAACCCCGGCAAUCCCCAUCACUCUGCGGUAUCGCUGGGCCCGAUAUCACUACAUUAAGAGCAGUUGAACCGCGUAAAUAUAUGCACCUAUGGAAUAUGGAGUCCAGCGCAAACGAGAUUCGCGAUUACCUUCAACAUCUGUGCCCUACUGGUACAUGCACAGUCGAAGAACUGCGGACCAGGGGAAGUUACAAAUCUUUCAAGAUAGGUGUGCCUAUUGUUCAUUAUGAAAAAUGCUUUUCGGUUGAUGUGUGGCCAGUUAACGCCAGAAUAAAGGCGUGGAUUGACAACCCGAGACGUAUCAGAAGCCAAGUAUCUGCAGGGGAUCGACCAUCACCCCGGACAUUUCGUGCCUAA